CGCCAGGAACAGCAUAGGGUCUUUGUUGAAUAGUCAUCAUGCAUACAUAGUAAGAUGGCUGGCCGGUCGUGUUCCCUGCCCGGAGGUCACGCUUGUACUCGUCGUUUUAUUGUGGAAGAAGAGAUCAGAACGACACUCGGGUCAGAUGAGUCCUCCAAUCUUUGCUUCCCUGAGGAAGCAUCGCAUAACGAAUAAGAGCAAGAGAAACUCGGCGGAUACUCAAAGUACACGGACAAGCUCAAGACCAUCCUCUGUGGAAACUAGAAUCAGAAUCCCGACUCCGAAGUCGACGGACAUGGUGGAGAGCCCUGCUUCGUCGAGCACCGAACACGCUGGACACGAACCCCUAGUCGAAGACUUCCAUACUCGCUACGUACAGCCCAUGUCGCCUUCCCGACAAGCUCCCGCACCCUUGCCCAUACCUAUCCGAGUGUCAGCCCCCAACGGACAGCUGCCGAGCUCGCCUACCUUCUCAGAGUUCGAUACAGACGACAGUGACGACCUGGCCCCGCCAGACAUAUCCAGAAGUGCAACCGGUGGAAGCGCUGGACGUGCAAGAAUGAUCGAUGUUCCUAGAGUCAACCCUUUGCUAUCACCUGCACAGCCUACGAACGGCUCUGCUUACCGCAAUGCGCCCAAGCAGCAGCGCAAAUUCAGAGACUCUGGUUCAUAUGUUGGAACUUCGCAACCAAACACCCCAGACCGCGAUCGCAUAUCGGUAGACUCCGAGUACUUUCGGAACCCAAAGAGAUAUUCAGGAGGCUCCAUGGCACAUUCGAUAGCUCCCUCGAUCGCGCCAUCAAUAGCACCAACCGUACAGACCCUGCCUCCUCUACAAGCUCCAGGUCCUGUAGACGAGGUAGAUCGCAUGCAACCUCUACUGGAAGAUGAUCCUGCAAACUUCGAUCUCAUAGCUGCACCGCCGGAAGAAGUCAACGGAGCAUAUCAACUAGACCAACAUGCAGAACAACUUUUGUCGAGAGAGCACCUGCUAGCCAUGUUCGCCGACCGCAAGACCCUCCUGAAGUUUACUAGUUUCCUUAACAACCACCGCCCUCAGAGCAUUCCCACACUGGUCUUCUAUCUGGACGCUCUGAAGGCUUUGCGAGCUAUCAGGUACGCAAACGCCGUCUCGGCAGCGUUGCGUCCAGUCGAUGGCUUGGACUUCACUUCCACGCCGCCUGGAGCCACGCAGAACGACGAGCUGCAGAAGAAAGCGGAUCAGGCGUUUGACCAGCUGGUACGAGAGGAUCUACCGGCAUAUGUAACGUACACAUGGAUCUCAGUUGUCAGCACGAGUGUUCAGCGAAGGAUUACGGGAACACUAGCGCCACAUCUAAGAGAAGCCUCUGAAGGAUUGGCUGAAGUCUUCUGCUUGACUGACCCUUCGAGAAAGGACAACCCAAUCGUAUUUGCUUCGGAGGAGUUUGCUCGCACAACACAAUACGGUAUGGGCUAUUCUAUUGGUCGCAAUUGCCGUUUUCUGCAAGGACCGAGGACGAAUCCACAUUCGAUACGAAGAUUGGCAGAGGCUUGCAAAACAUCUAGAGAACAUAGCGAAGUCUUUGUCAACUACCGACGCGAUGGUAGCCCAUUCAUCAAUCUGCUCAUGAUAGCACCGCUAUUCGAUUCGAAAGGUACACUGCGAUACUUCAUCGGUGCGCAAGUUGAUGUUUCUGGCUUGUUGAAAGAGAUGACUGGCAUGCCGGCACUCGAAAAGAUGCUGGAACAUGAUAAAGACAAUAGGCAUGACGAGAACGGACAACGGCCUCAGAACGAAGAGUUCAAAAGUCUGAGUGAGAUGUUCAAUACCACCGAGCUCGAGACGGUGAGACAAUGUGGAGGGCGAAUGCAUCGUGAGCAGGUUGACGACGAGCGAGAGGAGGGUGUACAACCCAGACCACGUCUCCUCCUCACAGAUCCAUCAUCCGAGCUACUAGAUGACUCUCAAGUCUCCAACAAUCCGUCUGCCGGUCCGAAUGGAGUACGAAGACUGCCAGAGAACGGCAAACUUGAGGGAGUCUAUCAGCACUACCUCCUCAUCCGUCCGGCCCCUUCAUUACGCAUCCUCUUCACCUCGCCCUCGCUACGCGUUCCAGGAAUCCUGCAGAGUCCUUUCCUCCACCGCAUCGGAGGCUCACCUCGUGUGCGCACUGAACUCGCGCAAGCAUUCGCUGAAGGCCGCGGCGUAACAGCCAAGGUCCGAUGGUUGACACGUGUGGAAGAUGAUGGCGAAGAAGAAGACCGCAGUCGCUGGAUCCACUGUACACCGCUGCUUGGCCAUGGUGGUGCUGUAGGUGUAUGGAUGGUAGUCCUCGUCGAUGAAGAAGGCAGUCAAAGCAAAAGACGUUUCCGCCCUGCACCACCUGUCAGCCAAAUCAUCGGAGGCAAAGAGUACGACCCCAGAGCUAUGAAGGAGAAAGAAGAGAAAGAGAGGGCAAGACUUGAGAUGAUCGUGGAUGGAGAAUCACAAAGACCCGAAAGCAGUCUUAGUGGUAAACCACCAAUGUUGAGAGAGAACAGUGCGUUCAGUGGGAUUGGAAGUAUAGGAGCUGAUAUUUCGUAUCAGUUUAGAUGA